AUGUUGGGUGUGCUGAGGCAGAACAUCGAGGACAACGGCGGCUACGUGAACGACACCGAAGAUGGCGUCAAUACCGUCCUCAUCGACGUCAGGCAGGACAAGGGCGCGGUGCAGAACUUCUACCACCUCCAUGAUGACCCGGAGAAGAGGGGCGCCACGGUCGAGUAUGUGAGCUUCGUGAGCAAGAUAAUCAGAGAUGGGGUGUUCAGGCAUAUGAAGCCCCCUAUGAAGGCACUUGGGGGACGCCCCCCGGGGAGAUGGCGGCAGGAGUUCACGUUGCAAGAUGAUGAGCGACUGUGCAGGUGGCUUGCGUAUAAGAUUCCCAACAACAAGAUGGGAGGCCGGUUGGGGCUAGGUGUGUACCAGGAGCUGGUCAACAUGGCACAGGCAUUCCCGCAAGAAUAUAAAUGGGCGGCGCGGCAUACGGUCGAGUCGUGGAAGCAGCGGUAUAAGACGCGUCGGGUCGGGUUUGACGUGCGGAUUAAGGAGAUUUAUGAGGAAGAGAAGCCGUCGAAGGAUGCGAGGCGGCCGUUCAGUCGACAGGCGAACAAGAAGAUGCUGGUGGAGGAAGAAGAGGAAGAAGAAGAAGAGCUGGAGGAAGAGGAAGAGGAUCAGCAAGAGAGGCAGGACGAAGAGGAGGAGGAGGAGGAGGGACGUGGAGGAGGGACGAUAUCGCGGAAACGAAGGAGGUCUGAGCGGUCGUCCCAUAAUCAGGUCCCGCAGUCGGCGAAGAGGCAACGAACCGGACAAUCCUCUGGGCAGGCGAAUAGGAAAGGCAAAGGAAAGGCUCGCGAAGACGAAGAGGAGGAGGUGGUGGAAAUAAUAGAGGAUAAAGAAUCAUCCUUAUUCAGCGGUGACGAAGAGAUAGUGUUUGCAUAUGGCUUCGACGAACCUGGCCCCUCUGGCCGUACUCGAUCGCCGGAACGCACCUUAGUGUCCCAUCAAACCGGACCUUCUCCGCCCAGCUUCGUCACUCAAGAAACACUCGUCAAUUCUGGUCGACCAUCUUACAUUGACCCUACUGAGCACAUAUCGAACUCUCGUUCGGAGGGAACCCGAGGAGACGAUAGUCGACGGCUCUCUCAACCACAGAGGCCACAGCAGAAGCCUCCAUCUGUAGGCCCGUCUCGACGACCGGCAAGUCAGCCUAGUCCGCAGAAGACAAAUUUGCGCUCGCCUGCUCAGCCGGUACGAUUCGCUGCGCCUGAGCCGUCGCCGACGCAGGUGCCUGGUCCUUCUUCCCAAGCCAUCGACCUCGGUAGGGCGCCAUCCCGUACUCCGACGCCACCUCCUGCAGCACAACCUCGCCCGACCACAUCCCAACAAAUUCUUAAGAAAGCAGCUCGAAGACCUCGCGUUGUUGCGUCUCCUCCGGCUUCGGCUCCAGCCAGGAAUACUCGUUCACGCUCGCGAAGUGUCGAGCCGGUUGCGCUGCCUACGCAAACCAGGAAACGAGCUGCGAGGAAGAAACAAAUCCCUGAAGAGAUACCGGAGGAGGAGCCUGCACCGCCAGUCCUCGAAGAGCCCGUUGAAAAUAUCACCAUCCCGAUCAGAGAGACAUUUGUCGAUGAAAUGGACGUGGAGAACUUGCUUAUGGAUGUCGAUCCUCCGAGCGUUGUCCUGCCACAGGCUAGCACCAGCCGUCGUUCUCCUUCGAUGGAGACAGACGACGCCGAGACGCACCGGGACCUCCAAGCUGCUGCUGCUGCUGCUCCGCGAACUUCCAGGGCUGCUCCAUCCCACGUUCCUGCCUUCUUCCGCAUCAAGCCCAGUGAGGUGCUCCGAGAGUACGACGCCUCCAGGAGUGUUGGUGUUCCCACUACAUCGCGUGCUCCGAGCGUGGCCUUGUCGAGAAGAGACUCGUCCCUAUUGCCCAGGUUCCCGCCUAAUCGACCACGUCAGAGCGAGCAGGUGAUAAGGAGGGGGGAUGUGGGUUUCAGUUUCAACACAAGAACGUCAGCAGAUGGGUAUAGCCUGCCUGAGCCACGCACACCACAGAAGAGGGGGUCGGUUUCGAGCGCGGAUUCUUUCCCGCUUCCUGGGACGAGAGCGAGUGCGGCGAAGAAGGGCGAGAAGCAGAAGGAGAAGGGCACACCGUAUAGGCCGCCUGCGGGUACUCGUGCUGCAUUGCUUGCAAGAUCUGAUUAA